AAACGUUUCGCCGAAAAGUUAGUUCUAGCAAAACUGUACCGGUACCCUCCCGAGGGUCUUUUAUCACACAGUCACAAGGUGUACCGUACACUGUGCAGUACCGGCACAUUCCCGCAAUUUGAAUUCACGGUUUACAAAGUUGAAAGUGCUGAUAACUUGGAUUUUUGUUCUCGGUGUUCUGGUGCGCCUAUUCAGCAACGCGGGCGUGGGUGAUCAUGACUUCCAAAAGUUCCACGUCAAAUGGGAGAACUCGUAUGUCAAGUUCAGUUUCCAUAACAGAUUUUGAUGCUAGCUUUAAGGUGAUGCUGGUUGGCGACUCUGGUGUUGGAAAAACAUGUGUACUUGUUCGUUAUAAAGAUGACACUUUUCUGAGUGGUAGUUUUAUAUCAACUGUUGGAAUCGAUUUCAGAAAUAAAAUGGUUCUUAUUGAUGAUAGAAAAAUUAAACUUCAGAUAUGGGAUACUGCAGGCCAAGAACGAUUUCGAAGUGUUACUCAUGCAUACUAUCGUGAUGCAAACGCCCUUCUGCUUGUAUAUGACAUAACUAAUCGUCAAUCUUUCAACAAUGUAAGAUCAUGGAUAGCUGAUAUUAAACAACAUGCUAAAGAGAAUGUGAUUGUAAUGCUUAUUGGAAAUAAAGCAGAUUGUUCUUCAACUCGAAUGGUUACUCUGGCUGAGGGAGAAAAGUUGGCAAAGGAAUUUGAACUUGUAUUCGUUGAAACUAGUGCAAGGUCUGGGAUGAAUGUUGAACUUGCUUUCAAAGCUGUCGCUAGAGAGCUGCAUAGAAAAUCUCUAACAGCAGCUGAUUGUAUUGGUUAUGACAGGGGAGCUAAUUGCAAAACCAGAGACUCUUUUAAUAUUAGCAAAUAUGUCGAGGAAGAAAAGGAAAAAAUGUCAUGCUGUUAACAAAUGUAUAAUAUAUCUCUUAUUUGUGCAGAAAAUGGGGUUCAUUGUUGUUGCAAUGUCAAGUUUUUAUCCAAAACAAGAGAUUGAACCUGAAAGGUAAUGAGCAGUGUAUUACUUUGCAAUGAAAAUGUAUGAAGACAGAAUGUUCAAUAUUUAAAUAUUAUUGGCUAUUUUUCUCAAUUAUGAUUCUCUUAUUUGAUUGAUUCGGUACAAUGUCACUUUGUUAUGAAGCAGUUGAAUGUUUUGCUCAUUGAACAGACUUUGAUUCUUCCAAUUUUGAGAUGAUCUUUUUCCCAGAUAUCUAAAAUUUAGGCCAGUAGCAUGAAAGAAUGAAUGCUGAGUUAUUCAAGGCCUGAAAUUUUACUUCGUGCAUUAAAAUUAAGAAAAGAAAAGGUAGCUCCAAUAUUGAAGAAUUUAUAUAUAUGUUUUUCAUAAACCUCUUUAAAUUGUGAAAAGGCAUUUAAAGUAUGUCGCUGCUAUUGCAGAACUAGAAAAAUGUUUUUUUAUUGAAAGCAAUUUUGCAGUCAUUGACAAACUUCCAUAAAUUUAACCUGUUCUAAAAUCAUAUAUUUUGCUGAUACCAGUUUGAAUCUGUGGUACAUGAUGAGUUGUAAAAAAUUACUACUGGAAUCUUUAUUAAAAAUCGAUAUCUUAAAGCUAGAUGUAUCCCAUUAUUACAAUGAAAUUAUAGGAUUAUGGACAGAAUAUAACAAGCUGCUUAAUUAUUAAUUAAAUCAUGAGCAUCUUUCCAUAUUUUUUGAUCACAGGCCUAAAUUCAUGUGUAUUUUGAAAUUGAUUUUUAGAGUUGUGAAUUGUGAUCUUAUCAUAAUUUAACUAGUCCCGUCUUUUACAAACCAAUGUUAAAGUUUGAUAAACAUUGUGAGAAUUUUUAUUACCAAUAUCAUCCUGCAGAAAAGUCAUGAUUUUUGUUUGACAGAUGCUCAGUAUUACGUAUGAUACACAGUAUUAUAAACUGAUUCCUUUGACCUCCCCAUAUAGUAUAUAAGUUUCUAUUGAUAUAUUGUGUUAAUUUUUAUUUAAUAUACAUUAAAUACAUAUUGUUAUCAACAAGAUUUCGGUACCAUCAGCAAAUUUUAAUAUAUAUUUAUACUAUGUAAAGCAUGUAGUUAGUAUAUCCAUAAGUGCUCAGUUGGAGUACCUCAUACCACAAUUGUACAACUACCAAUUUCAUGGUUUACUUUAAGCUAUUUAGUAAUAUCUACUUGACUCUUUGACAGAUAUCUGUUUUUAUUAUUACCUAUUCUCAAUAGGAUUUUGAUAGUAGUAGCAUCAUUCGAAGGUACUCAACCAUUACAAGGGUGCUUGCCCAGCUAAAACACAAAUAUGCUUUGUUUACCCAUCAUGUGCAAAACAAUUUUGAUGUAUACAUUUUCAUAAUCACUACGUCACUACCAUGAUUGAUUUAUUUGGUUGCAUAAUUGGUUCUGAGAUAGUUUACCUUGGGAAGAAAUUUUAGUUGUUUAUUUGUCGAAUAAUGUACUUGUGGUUCUAUUGUAUACACGCUUCUGUUUGGAUUCACAGAUUAUAUUUACCUAAAUUUCCAGAUACGCCCUAUGCUAACAUCAAUGAGACAUUUUGAUUGAAUAGAUCGGUAUUUGCGCAAUAUGUUUUACUGUCAAAUGAAAAGCAAGUUAAAGUAAAUGUAUUCUUUAAUUUUGAUAUCAUUAUCGACCAUUGGUCACUACGGCUCAUCGUCCGAGGAAAUUCGUACAAAAAUGUUCAUCAAGCACAACAAUAUUUUUAAAAACAAAUAUUACUGUACAAACUUGUUUCUCAGUAUGUAAGAUUAUUAUGUGGGGUUGAUUUUCAUGAUUUGGGUAUUUCUGGUGCAUAAUUUCAAUUUCCUUCAGCAUGCUAUUUUAUAAAUGCUAUUUUUCCUUGAUCAUUUUAUAUUUAUUUUUAUGUAUUCACUUCUUGACGAUUUGUUAUAUAAGAAUGAUUUUGGAUGUUUCUUAUGAUUUCAAAUACCUGGUAUCAAUCAAUGCUGAUGCAUUAUUAAAUCUUUUCUCAGGCAAUAACAUUAGAGAUGUUAAAUUUUUUAUGUUCAUAAUAUAAAUAAAUUAUAAUAAAAAAUUAUCUUCGUAAAUCAUUCUCUAUCUAUGGUCAUUGCUUGGCAGAACUUGUUUGCUCCUGUAUGUUGUGGUUCUGGAGGAGACCUCAAAAUUAAACCUACUGGCCAUUAGAUUCACGAAAAUGAUUGAAAUCUCAUAUUGGUUAAUCAAUCAUUUUGGCCUUAAUUUUUUUUUCCUCCAUUCCCUUUCUUAAGAUCUUCCACAAAUGAUAAACCGCUAAUGCAUACUAAUAAUGUGUAAUAAAAAUAGAACUGUUAUUAAGAUGUGCAUAUGAACUAUAUUUUUGUUGUUCCAUACUUUUAAUAUUGUAAUACCUUUGUGAUUUUUUUGAUUUGCACAAAAUAGCAAACAAUCUGUGCAAUAUUCUGUUUAGUACUUCAUGAUGUUGACAAACCGAUUUAUGUUGCAGAUUUUAAUGUCAAAUUCCAUUCAAAUUUCGAAUUCUUAGAAAGUGCAAGCAAGUUCUUCAUGUCAUCUGUAUGUGCAAUUAUAUUUAAAAUAUUAUGUAUUGUAGUAUAUGUAUUUUAUAUUCAAUGCUCUGUAAAUUAUCUGAUAUUUGAAUCUGCUUACCAACGUUGUUGGGUUUUAUCAGAAUCAUGCUAAUGCUUUAUUUUAUUAUGUAUUCUAGUUCUCUCCUUUUUUUGCAAAAUUCCAGUAGUUGUAUGACGAAGUAUUAGCAUUAACACAGAAUAUCGGCAUUGCGGCCGACUUCUCACCAUUUUUAUGACCUUAAUUUGAUCAGAUAUAAAAAUUGUGUCUGAAAUUGUCAUUGACAAUCACAUUUUCUUAGGUGUUUCAACACCAACUUCCGUAAAGUCAAUGUCAAAUUUCAAUGUCCUUCGAUUCUGUAGAAUUUUUGCAGAUGUCAAAAUAUUCCUAUUAAAAGGUCGCCACUGUUAUUGAAGUACUAACUAUUUUGAACUAUACCACGGCACACAAGUCACUACAAAUACACUAAUGAAUAUGUGAUUUUGUAUUAUUUAAACCUAUUUUCAUGUAUUCAUUUAUGUGUCAUUCUCAAUUUGGUACAAAUAUUUUCUUCAGCAUUCACUAUAAUAUUAUUCUCGGUUCUUAUAGAAAAA